UGAAACCAUUGGAGACCCAACCGGAUUUUGCCGACACUCCCGCUGCACCCUUUGCCUUUUGGGGACCCACGUCUCCAAAAUGAAUUUUUUCGGGGUGGCUGUUCUGGUGCUUCAGGUGGUCAAAGGAGCAGAAGCUCUACAAGAAUCGCAGGUGUGCUAUAUUUUGGAUGGAAUUCUGUUCGUCUACGGGAUUCUCCUGACUUUUCUCUACUGCCGGCUUAAGUUCCAGUGCGGGAAGAACACCAAACAAACCGACAAGGAAACGAAGCCAAACCAUGUCCCCUCUGCCCUCUACGAGGAACUGAAGGAUCAGCAAUCGCAUCCAUAUGACACCCUUACUACUUUGGGGAAAAACUACGAAGAGCCAGCUCCAGAGAAGACACCCCCAGAAGAAUAGAUGUUUGUCUUCAUAUGACUUCUGAAUAUUCUUUCCUGGCCUCUGAUCUUCUUUGAUAUCGGGAAAGAAGCUGAAAAUCAAAAGGACCUUUUUUUUCGUAGCAUUUCUUUCCGACUCAUCCAUCUUCUUCCAGUGUGUUAAUUUUCGCCAAGGCUAAGAUGGGUUGCAUGUGAAUUAAACGGAAGCCAGACAAAUCCUCCUGAUUUUUAAAUGCUGUUUUUUGCUAGUCCUCGGCUUAACGACCACAACUGAGUUCAUGGCUAAGCCAAAGGGUUGUAAAGGAAGGGAGGUGCCUGGUUUCAAGACCUUUUCGCCACGGUUAUUAAACGAAUUACUGCAGAGUGGGGUUGGGGUUUUCCCGUUGUGGUAUCUGAUUGUGCAAGCCGCUCGGAAUCGCGGCGUGUAAAUUGGGUGGCCACACAAACUGGUUUAAUAAAUACACGCCUAUAUAAA